AUGAAGAAGCUCCAGGGAGCUCACCUCCGCAAGCCUGUCACCCCAGACCUGCUGAUGACCCCCAGUGACCAGGGAGAUGUGGACCUGGACGUGGACUUUGCUGCAGACCGGGGGAACUGGACAGGCAAGCUGGACUUCCUGCUGUCCUGCAUUGGCUACUGUGUGGGCCUGGGCAACGUCUGGCGCUUCCCCUAUCGAGCUUACACCAACGGAGGAGGCGCCUUCCUCGUGCCCUAUUUCCUCAUGCUAGCCAUCUGCGGCAUCCCCCUCUUCUUCCUCGAGCUCUCUCUGGGCCAGUUCUCCAGCCUGGGGCCCCUGGCCGUCUGGAAGAUCAGCCCCCUCUUCAAAGGUGCCGGCGCGGCCAUGCUGCUCAUCGUGGGCCUGGUGGCCAUCUACUACAACAUGAUCAUUGCCUACGUCCUCUUCUACCUCUUCGCCUCCCUCACCAGCACCCUGCCCUGGGAGCACUGUGGCAACUGGUGGAACACGGACCUCUGCCUCGAGCACAGAGGCUCCAAGAACGGCAACGGGGCCCUGCCCCUCAACCUCACCAGCACCGUCAGCCCCAGCGAGGAGUACUGGAGCCGCUACGUUCUCCACAUCCAAGGGAGCCGGGGCAUCGGCAGCCCCGGGGGGAUCCGCUGGAACCUCUGCCUCUGCCUGCUGCUCGCCUGGGUCAUCGUGUUUCUCUGUAUCCUCAAGGGUGUGAAGUCCUCCGGCAAGGUGGUGUAUUUCACGGCCACGUUCCCCUACCUCAUCCUACUCAUGCUGCUGGUCCGUGGAGUCACCUUGCCGGGGGCCUGGAAGGGCGUCCAGUUCUAUCUCACCCCCCAGUUCCACCACCUGUUGUCUUCUAAGGUGUGGAUCGAAGCUGCUCUUCAGAUCUUCUACUCCCUGGGUGUGGGCUUCGGGGGUCUCCUCACCUUUGCCUCCUACAACACGUUUCACCAGAACAUCUAUAGAGACACCUUCAUCGUCACUCUGGGCAACGCCGUCACCAGCAUCCUGGCUGGCUUCGCCAUCUUCUCCGUGCUGGGCUACAUGUCUCAAGAGCUGGGUGUGCCUGUGGACCAAGUAGCCAAAGCAGGCCCCGGCCUGGCCUUUGUUGUCUACCCACAGGCCAUGACCAUGCUGCCUCUGUCGCCCUUCUGGUCCUUCCUUUUCUUCUUCAUGCUGCUGACUCUCGGCCUGGACAGCCAGUUUGCCUUUCUGGAGACCAUUGUGACAGCUGUGACGGACGAGUUCCCAUACUACCUGCGGCCCAAGAAGGCCGUGUUCUCGGGGCUCAUCUGCGUGGCCAUGUACCUGAUGGGGCUGGUCCUCACCACCGACGGGGGCAUGUACUGGCUGGUCCUUCUGGAUGACUACAGCGCCAGCUUCGGGCUAAUGGUGGUGGUGAUCACCACGUGCCUCGCCGUCACCCGGGUGUAUGGCAUCCAGAGGUUCUGCCGGGACAUCCACAUGAUGCUGGGCUUCAAGCCGGGUCUCUACUUCAGGGCCUGCUGGCUGUUCCUGUCCCCAGCCACGCUCCUGGCCCUGCUGGUGUAUAGCAUCGUCAAGUACCAGCCGUCGGAGUAUGGCAGCUACCGCUUCCCAGCCUGGGCGGAGCUGCUCGGCAUCCUGAUGGGCCUGCUGUCCUGCCUCAUGAUCCCCGCCGGCAUGCUGGUGGCCGUGCUGCGAGAGGAGGGCUCACUCUGGGAGCGGCUCCAGCAGGCCAGCCGGCCGGCCAUGGACUGGGGCCCGUCGCUGGAGGAGAAUCGGACGGGCAUGUAUGUGGCCACACUGGCCGGGAGCCAGUCGCCCAAGCCGCUGAUGGUGCACAUGCGCAAGUACGGGGGCAUCACCAGCUUCGAGAACACCGCCAUGGAGGUGGACCGGGAGAUCGCCGAGGAGGAGGAGUCUAUGAUGUGA